UUCAACGCUUGAACACCGCUUGUCAGUGGAAGUCUGCAUGUAAGUCUGCCGAACAAGUCCUUAUGUAAAUUUAAUAUCAUUAUUUCUGUGAAAGGACGUGAAAAUUAACCCUAGACGACAAGCUCACUCCAAAAUGGUGGUAGUUAUAGGGUUUGAAGGAAGUGCCAACAAGAUAGGAGUUGGUAUUAUCCAAGAUGGAGUGGUCCUGUCAAAUCCACGCAGGACAUAUAUCACUCCCCCGGGACAAGGCUUCCUUCCCCGUGAUACAGCCAAGCACCACCAGGGCUGCGUACUGCAAGUGCUAAAGGAGGCCCUAGAUCAGGCAAAGUUGAAUCCCAAUGACAUAGAUGCUGUUGCAUACACAAAAGGUCCAGGCAUGGGUGCCCCCCUGGUGUCUACUGCUCUAGUGGCCAGGACUGUGGCACAGCUGUGGAACAAACCUAUCAUAGGAGUAAACCACUGCAUUGGCCAUAUAGAAAUGGGGCGUUUAAUCACAGGUUCUGAUAACCCCACUGUGUUAUAUGUUAGUGGAGGAAAUACUCAGGUCAUAGCAUACUCUCAGCGUAGAUACAGGAUAUUUGGUGAGACAAUAGAUAUAGCUGUGGGAAACUGUUUAGAUAGAUUUGCAAGAGUACUGAAGCUAUCAAAUGAUCCAAGUCCUGGUUAUAACAUAGAACAGAUGGCAAAAAAAGGCACAAAAUAUUUCGAGUUACCAUACACAGUAAAAGGAAUGGAUGUCUCUUUCUCAGGACUUCUGUCAUAUAUUGAGGAGCGAGUACCCCAGAUUUUAAAGAAGGGAGAGUACAGCCCAGAAGACCUUUGUUUUUCAUUACAGGAGACGGUUUUUGCUAUGCUAGUGGAAAUCACAGAGCGGGCCAUGGCGCACUGUGGUUCCCAAGAAGUUCUCAUAGUAGGAGGAGUGGGGUGUAAUGAGAGAUUGCAGGAGAUGAUGGGAAAAAUGGCUGAGGAGAGAGGGGCCACGCUUUUUGCCACAGAUAUGAGGUUCUGCAUCGACAAUGGCGCGAUGAUUGCUCAGGCAGGAUGGGAAAUGUUUAAAUCUGGACAAAUAACGCCAUUAGAGGAAACGUGGUGCACACAAAGGUAUAGAACAGAUGAAGUGGAAGUGACAUGGCGGUGAUGGCAUUUACAAAUGAAAUGAAAGUCAACCAACCUUCACAGGGCAGCCAAUGACACAAUUUAUUCUUAUAGGUGGACUUAUUGUAAGAAAAUACAACACAGAAAUGGUGAUGUACAAUAUGGAUUGAAUGAAAAUUUACACAGGUUAAGUAAUAGACAGAAAAAAA